AUGGGCACCUUUCUCUUUCGAUGGCCUUACCCGGCUGACCAUGUCUACGUCACUGGUACCUUCGAUGACUGGGGAAAGACGGAGAAGCUCAAUAAGGUUGGUGAUGUUUUCGAGAGGGAGGUUGAGCUGCCUUCAGCCGACGAGAAGAUCUAUUACAAGUUCGUGGUAGAUGAUCAAUGGAUCGUGGACGAACAGGCUCCCAAGGAAGAUGAUGGUCACUACAAUGUCAACAAUGUCCUGCUACCAGACCAAAUCAAAAAGAAAUCACAACCUUCCUCCGGAGGUGCAGCUACCUCAGGGUCCGUAGCGCAAGCUCAGAACGCGCCUCGUGGCAGUGGUCAUAGAGUUCUUGGAAUAUCCAAUGCGCCUCCUGGUAGCAAUAGUGGGCAAGGCGCUCUCACAGAAGCUCCCACAGUCUCUGUUGGUGGUGAAGGUGCUCCUCUACUUACAGCUGAACAGUCGCGGGCGAAUCUGGCUCGUUGGAUACCCCACGUUACAGCCGAUCCUAAUCGACCCGUCACUCGUGCCAUCUCACAGAACGAUGGUGCUGCUGCAUCCAAGGACGAAGACCACGAAUUCGAGGAGAUAAAGGACGAUAUCCCCGGCGCAUUCCCACAAACUCCCGCAUACGAGUCUAGCAGCUUCAGUGUGGCUCCUAUCCCUGCGACUGGUCACAGCAACACACAGAGCUCAGUUACUACCUUGAAAGAAUACUAUGACAAUGCGGGUGGUGAAGGCACCGUUGACAGCACAAUGUCUACACAACCCGUCCUUGAACCAGGUACCAAGGGUCUUGAUAGCUCUGCCACCACUUCAAAAGAGGACUACGACAAAGUUGGCGCGGAUGAACCUAACGAUGAGCAAGUCAGUGUAAAUCCACUACCAGCAACAGGACACAAAGAUAUCCAGAGCUCAGUCACCACAUCGAAAGAGGACUACGAUAGAGUUGGUUCAGAUACACAAAGCGAGCAACAAGUCAGCAUCAAUCCUCUCCCAGCCACAGGACACUCGAAUACCCAAUCCUCCGUGACAACUUCGAAAGAAGAUUACGAAAAGGCCGGCGCCUUUGGUGCUGCAGGAGCGGCCGUUGCUGGUAUUGGCGCGGCUAUUGGUGGCGCUUUCUCACGUCCCAAGCCUGAUGAUAAGAACAUUAUUCCCGAGUCCUCGCUUCCCAUGAACCCUGACAAAAGCGAUACUAUGGAUACUGGUCCUUUCAUGAAUUCAGCUGGGCCAGGCACCACCACCGCCGACUUGGCAUCGAAAGUCCCGCUCGAACCCAGACGCGAAGCUCAGGUCGUAGACUCGCCUGACCCAGAGGCACCAGAAGCCCUCAAACAGAGUGCUGCUACUCCUUUUGUCUCUUCAUCUGGACCUGGUACCACCACAGCCGAUCUAGCAUCUCGAGCUCCGCUCGAGCCACGAAGAGAGGCACAAGUUGUGGAUGAUCCAGCAUCGACACAAAGCACAAGUGCGCCCCCUUUUACGAACUCUUCUGGGCCAGGGACAACGACUGCUGCCCUAGCCUCGCAGGUCCCAUUAGAACAGAAACGACAAGGUGUUAUCGUUGAUGACCCGGCAUCUCCUGAGCUGAUUGCUGAAAAAUCUGCCGUUGAGCAAGAACUCCUAUCGACAAUUCCCAAAACUCAAGCCACUGGUGCGCCUGCUUCAGCAGCCAGGAUGCAAACAAGCUUCUACGGACUUGCCACUGCUGUGCCGGAGCCAGUUGGGGAAUCAAUUGCAAAGGCUCACGCUUCGCCCGAGGCUGCUACCGAGCCCUCAGUCGUUGCUGAAAAGUCUGCCUUUGAGCGUGAGCUACAAGCUAAAGUCCCCGUUGUCAAUGCGACUGGAGAACCAGCCCCUACAAUCUCAGCAGCAACCUCGACAUCGGCUCCAGAACCCACAUCAACAUCAGGGCCUGGUAGUUACAAGUUCGCUGCAGCUGUCCCAGAGACUGUCGAAGAGUCUUUCACUAGAUCUCACACCUCUCCCGAGGCGGCAACAGAAUCGUCAGCCGUUGCUGAGAAGUCCGCAGUUGAAAGAGAGCUACAAGAGAAGGUUCCUCUCGCCACCUCUACCGGUGAACCAGCCCCUACCACGUCAUCAGGAACAGGUUUCAGUAGCUAUCGACUCGCCACGGCUGUACCAGAGACUGUAGAGGAUUCGAUUACCAAAGCACAUGUCUCACCAGAAGCCGCCACAGAAACAUCAGCUGUUGCUGAAAAGUCUGCAGUUGAGAGGGAACUACAAGAGAAGGUUCCUGUCGUCGACAGUACCGGCGAACCAGCCCCAGGUCAUAGCCAGGACACAGCGGCAGCAACUGUCGCAUCCCUAACUGAUGGCAGGACCGCCAACGAACCUGUGCCAGAUACUGAUACAGGCAAUCAAGACAGAGGAGGUACUGCUGGAGCCAUUGCUGGGGGUGCUGUUGUAGGUGGAGCCGCGGCGGCUAGUGCAGCAACUCUUUCUGCUCGACACAACGACCGAGAUAUUGAACCACCAAGAAUCGCUGACAGUCAAAAACCGAACAUCACUAGCGAAGUCUCUCCUGCCGAUUCAACGACAACUGCUCCUGAUCCCACACUUCCACCCACGUCCGGUAUUGGAGCUGCAAGUUCUCAUCCUGGCGUAUCGCCUGUUGCGGGUGCAGCUCUCUCGGACGGAACUGAGGAUCCUACGAUAGAUGGUGCGCCACCUGUCGUUAGACCCAAGGCACCGGUCGAGACCUCAGAAGCCACAGCGACCGAGUAUGCUCCACCUCGUAAGGCAGGAUUUGCGCCCGGAGUAUCGCCAUCGGCAGCAGCAGCUCUAUCCGAUGGCACAGAAGACCCGACGUUGCAAGAUGAAGAAGACGCCUUGCAAGACGAGCCUGCAGUCAGGAUGAUGGCACAAAACGAAGCUACUGAUGCCGCAACUACGAUUGAGGGAGAUACUAAGGUGUACAACGCCAUCACAACAGAUGCUCAGCCGCUUGUAGGGUCAACAGAGACUACAGCGCCGUUAGCUAGCACAACCGCGCCAAUACUUUCGAGCGGCGGACCAAUCGUCGAAGGAGAGACCAAAGCGCACAACAUCACCACAAUCGAACCAGAGUCUACUCAACAGCCGACUUUGAGCUCGAGCGAGAAGCCGACAGAGAGGGCGGCUGAAAAGAUGGCAGAGACAGCAGCGCCAGUAGCCAGCACCACUGAGUCAAAGUCAUCCGCAACGCCCCUAACUAGCACUACUGCGACAACACCUUCAAGCAGCCAAGCAGUGAGCAAGCCCGUUGAAGCAAAGAGCUCGACUCCAGAAACCCCAAAGAAGACGACGGUAGCGCCUACCAGUUCGGCUGCAAGCACGCCAGCUAGAGGAACACCAGAAUCCAGCACAGCAGGAGACAAGAAGAAGAAGCGAAAUCGGCUCAGCCAAAUCUUCAAGAAGAUAUUCGAUUAG